AACAGGAGUGUGUGUGAAUGUGUAGCCUGUUAGGAAGCACUACGCAGCUGGUGAACGCCUGCGUGCGUCGGGAGUGUGGAGGCGUGUAAGACUGCGCUAUAGGCCUCUUGUAGAAACGCCCCUGAUUUUGAAACACCACAGGAAGCUAAAACAGGAAGUUUGCCAGCACUCAGCCACGUGAUGGCGUUUUAUGUGCUUGUUUAGAGAAAUUAAACCAAAUAUAUUUUGGACGUCUUUUGUGAUCUAGUUCAAACUAACCUCUUUUCCAGUAAUUUACACAUUUAACGUUCAUCGUCUGUCGCCAACUCUGUGCGUCUGUGUACAGCUUCAUAAUAACUGGUGCUGUAAGUCGCCUCCCCUACUCGCUAUUGCGUGCUAUGUGCGGGGUGAGAGCUUCUGUUUCUCCGCAUUUUUCCGAGUGGCGCAGCUCAUGUGGCCUUCCCGCACAGCACUGAGCACGGCGUCGAUUGCACUUCCAGUGCAGAACGAUCAGGAUGCGAAUCUGGCCAGAAUGUGCGAGAUAACAGAUCUCACACUAACAGCAAGAAACACAACUCGAGGCAUGCACCUGCUGGCAAUGUUGUUGUUCUCAAUCACGUCCGCGCGUCGUUGAUUAAAUAGCGAUCAUCCUCACCGACAUCAACGUCUCAGAGCGGAGUUAAAGAGCAUCUCAGAGCUUCAGAGCGUCAGGGUUAAGCAUGUCUGCUCAGGCGGAGGAAAGUGCACCAGAAGCAGCGCCUGCAAAACCUGCAAAACCUGUGGCCAAGAAGAAGAGACCCGCCAGCAAAGCAAAGCCUGCCUCUGCAGAAAAAAAGUACAAAAAGAAGAAGGGUAAAGGGCCCGGAAAGUACAGCCAGCUGGUGAUCGAGGCUAUUCAAACCUUGGGCGAGAAAAACGGCUGGUCUCUUUUUAAGAUCUAUAAUGAGGCGAAGAAAGUGAGCUGGUUUGACCAGAAGCACGGGCGCGUGUACCUGCGCUACUCCAUCCGCGCGCUGCUGCAGAACGACACGCUGGUGCAGGUGAAGGGGCUGGGCGCCAACGGCUCCUUCAAGCUCAACAAGAACAAGUUCACCUCCAGCACCAAGAAGACCUCUGGAAAGCCGAAGAAGACUGCGAAACCGGCCAAAAAGCCAGGCAAAAAAGCAGCGGAGAAGAAGAAAAGCGUCAGCGGCGUGAAGAAGGCGACUCCAGCCGCCAAGAAAACCUCCAAAGCCAAGAAAGCGGAUAAAAGUCCAGCAGUCGCUGCCAAGAAGGCCAGCAAGCCCAAGAAAGCUAAGCAGGAGAAAAAGACUGUUAAGAAAGCUUAAACUGUGUGUAGUGUGCAUGCUUGAAGCUGUGUUAAAAGUACUUCCCUGACUGGAAGCACUGCGCUGCGUGUAAAUAAGCCUCCUGCCCGCAGGCUUCAUUAAGAAGGAUGUGCACAGUGUUUUACAGUGUACUAGUCAUAUUGUUCUCACUGUUUUACUCAUGAAGACAAAUGUAAAUACCUGUACAAAAUACCUUUUGUAAUGUCUGCGCGUUUGUUACUAUUUCUUUUCUACUACUAGUUAAGAUUAAUUGCUUAUGGUUUCUUUUUAAAUAAAAUAGUAAAAGAAAAGAAAA